CGCGGUGCAUUGUGGGCAGGGCAGCCGCCGUCGCCAUUUUGUCUCUGUCAGGCGCGGCGCGGGCGGUCGGGGCGAGGAGGCCGAGCUGGUGUCUGGCGAGGGGGAUUCGGCCCGCAGCUCACGAUGAUAUCGGCCGCCCAGCUCCUCGAUGAGCUCAUGGGCCGGGACAGGAACCUGGCCCCGGAUGAAAAGCGCAGCAACGUGCGGUGGGACCACGAGAGCGUUUGCAAAUACUACCUUUGUGGCUUUUGUCCAGCUGAAUUAUUUACAAAUACCCGUUCUGAUUUAGGUCCGUGUGAAAAAAUUCAUGAUGAAAAUCUACGCAAACAGUAUGAGAAGAGCUCUCGGUUCAUGAAGGUGGGCUAUGAGCGAGACUUCCUGCGCUAUUUGCAGAGCUUGCUCGCAGAGGUGGAGCGCAGGAUCCGGAGGGGCCACGCUCGCUUGGCACUGUCACAGAACCAGCAGUCCUCUGGGGGAGCAGGACCUACCGGUAAAAAUGAGGAGAAGAUUCAGGUGUUAACUGACAAAAUUGAUGUACUGCUUCAACAGAUUGAAGAGCUAGGUUCAGAAGGAAAGGUGGAAGAAGCACAAGGAAUGAUGAAACUGGUUGAACAGUUAAAGGAGGAGAGAGAACUGCUGAGGUCUACAACUUCAACAAUUGAGAGCUUUGCAGCCCAGGAAAAACAAAUGGAAGUUUGUGAAGUUUGUGGAGCCUUUUUAAUUGUUGGAGAUGCACAGUCCAGGGUAGAUGACCACUUGAUGGGAAAGCAGCACAUGGGUUAUGCCAAAAUAAAAGCUACUGUAGAAGAUUUAAAAGAAAAGCUACGAAAAAGAACAGAAGAGCCUGACCGUGAUGAAAGGUUGAAAAAAGAGAAGCUAGAACGGGAAGAGAGGGAGAAAGAGAGGGAGCGGGAAAGAGAAGAGCGGGAACGGAAGAGACGACGCGAGGAGGAGGAGAAGGAGAAAGAGAGGGCUCGGGACAGGGAGAGACGCAAAAGGAGCCGCUCCCGGAGCAGGCACUCAAGCAGGACAUCUGACAGGAGGUGCAGCCGCUCACGAGACCACAAAAGGUCAAGAAGCAGAGAAAGAAGGCGAAGCAGGAGUCGUGACCGGAGGAGAAGCAGAAGCCAUGAUAGAUCAGAAAGGAAACACAGGUCUCGUAGUAGGGACAGGAGACGGUCAAAAAGCAGGGAUCGGAAAUCCUACAAGCACAGAAGCAAAAGCAGAGAGAGAGAACAAGACAGGAAGUCAAAAGAAAAAGAAAAGAGGGGAUCUGAUGAUAAAAAAAGUAGUGUGAAGUCCAGUAGUCGAGAAAAACAGAGUGAAGACACAAAUACAGACUCGAAGGAGAGUGAGACUAAGAAUGAGGUCAAUGGGACCAAUGAAGACAUUAAAUCUGAAGUGCAGCGUAAGUAUGCACAGAUGAAGAUGGAACUAAGUCAAGUAAGAAGACAAACUAAAGCACCUUCUGAAGGAAAUGACAGUGUAGUCCUGCAAAACAUUUUGAGGUACAUUGUUUUGUCUCAGCUAUUUUGUAGCAGACUCGUGCCCCCAUUAGUGUGCCUCUUUGGGACAUAUUUGUAAUAUAGUCACCAUAGAAAAAUUAAUUAUCUUUUUUUUUUUUUUUUAGGGAUUUUGUUAUCUUUUUUUAAAAAAAAAAGUUGAAUUGGUUUUGUAUUUAAGUCCAUAUUGUGUUGGUACAUCAGCAGAAACUUUUGCUUAAAUACUUAAUAUUUGAGGCACAUGUUGGACUACUUUGUUUUCAUAUAAACUGCUAGUAUUUCUUUGUCAAGGAUGUUUCUAGUUUUUUUGCUUUAUUGCCUUGCAUUCUAAUGCAGUUUGUUCUGUAACUCGAGAGCCAGUAGCAUUGGAUUGAUGGAAGUGUAGGGUUUAUGAAUUAUUGCAGCUGACUACCAUACCUCACACAGCGUUGGUGUUGUGAGCGGCCCAUGAAAAGCCAAAUUAAAAAUCAAGGAUUCAGUCAAACUAAGCAGGUACUCAUGCCAGGUACUCCUUUCUCUACCCACAUCCAUGUUUGAAUGCUGUUGCCUGUAAUCUUUAAGCUUACUGUUGUGUUUUUGAUUUUGAAGCUAGUGAAAAGGACUUUUUGUGUAUUGUGUGAAUACUGUAAAUCUGAUGUUAACAGAAUGGAAUUUUCUUUCAACUGUGUGUAGGGAUGCAGUGCUGCCCAGAAUUAGAUAUCUUUAAAGAGUUUAAAAUGCAAUAAACACUACAUAAUAUUCGCCUUGUUACUUUCAAUGCAAUUCAAGUCUUUAAGAGGUAUGUGCUUAAUAUUUCCUACUGUGUAGGAGACUUUGAGUCAGCCAUAGCACAGAACAGUGGAAUGGCUGGUACCAGGCUUGUAAGAUGUAAAUGCAGACAGAUGUCACCAAAUGAUGACAGUGGUGAUGGCAGGAAUGUAUGCUGGAAACUGUUUGUGGGAAAUGAAGCAGUUAAGCAGUAGGCAAUUACAAUACUGUAUUGAAAGGACAACUUGAAGUUUUCUCCCCACUCUUGACAUAGCUUUCUUACAGAAGGUCUUUAGUUGUAUUCCUGAAAUACGGCACUAACAGUGGAGAUGACAGCUGAUAAAUGAGCUUCUUGCAACAUAAAUUUGUUACUGUAGUUGCAUUAUGUAUGCUAGGAACUCUUAAACAUUUAAUGUUGAUAUUAAACCAUUAAUGCCACGUCAUUGCUUCUAAAGCCAGUCAUGUUCAAUGGUGAUGUUUUUGUAGAGUUAAGAUGACAGCUAACAACUGGGUGAGUGUAUAGGAGCUGUGAACAAAAUGCUCCUAAUGCUGUCUAAUCGUCUGUUCUCCCAAAAUUUUGCAUUAUAGGACUACUACGUGAAGAGUCUGCGAAGACAGCGGAACACAGCUUAAACUGAAGAUCUGCUUUAAAAUGAGGUGAAAGAAAGCUGUAGUGGCGUAGAAAAAUAUAAAGUUGAGUUAGAAUUUUUUUUAUAAAAUUUAAUUCAGGACUGGUGUUUCCUCCCAGAGUUCAGAAAGAUGUGUUGAUAAUAGCACAUAUGCUACUGAGAAUAUAAGUCCUGUAUCCUUUUUUUCUUUAAGACUUUUUAAGAUAAGAAACAACAUAACCUAAACACAUGGCUUGCUCAGUGUUUAAUUGCAAGUUUUCAUUCUUGGACUUUAAAACACAAGAAUAAAUGUUUAGUAUUUGUGUGAAUCGAACUAAAACGAAAUCCCAUUUUUACAACUAAGCAGUUCCUAGCUUCUUGAUAUAUGAGAAAUGGAAAUAAAGUAUCUUUGAAUUUCUGUUACAAAUUUGAUUGUCUCUGUCAUUGAACAUUUAAUAUUAAAUAAGCUUCUUUCCUAAUAAAUUA